CGAGCAUCAUCUCCGCCAACUCUCGAAACUCUUUCCCAAAUUAAAUGCUCAUUGACGGGAAUACAUUGGGUAGUAAGCCCUCAACUUUUUGUUUUUUUACAUGCCACUUGUUACCGCUAAGUGAUAAUUGAGUAUGCGAUAGUUCUUCUCACAAUGCCGAGUCUCGAAGUCCCUGGGGAGUUUCUGAGACAUUCUGUGCUAGAUACAGUUGUCCCGCAUGCUUCAGAUAUAGAUCUCGAGGCAGCGCUGACGUCUGCCUUGGAAGGGGGAGCAGAUGAUAUAUCGUCUGUUCUAUCUUUCAUACCUCAACGCUCACUCCUAUUCUUCGAUGAGUUCUGCACCGCCCGCAUCGUCCUGAGACUCUCCAAUUGCUCGCAGGCGAGCCUGAAACACCAUCUUCAACACCUUGAAGUGAAGCUCGAUGUUUUCGCCAUUGACCCAGCUGAAACAGUCGCCGAAAACCCAACGCCUACUAGAGACCUUAUUUUUUCAGGGGUUGUGGAUAGAGACGAAGAACCGCUGGUCGUGGUAAAUGAAUUUGAAGGAGAGGCAGGAAGUGGUAAUCACGUCUACGUGAUAUGGGGAAUUGAAGCAUUUCUAAAACGCCCUCGCAUACGCAUUCAGCACCCUUCGCUUCUUUUCAUUGCAUCCGUUAGCCUUAACCCAUCUGAGGGUCGACAACGAGAGUCCCGUGACGAUGAUUAUCUUCCUUCAUUGAUCCCUGCGUCUACAAAUAUCCUUCAACCCCUGUCGUCGGAUAAAGCCUUUCCUCAGAAGGAUCCUUUCCUGCCAGCGUCUAGACUUCUGCGGGUCGUGCCGGCGCAGUACAGCGAAGACCCUAUUUAUAACGUCCAGCAACAGUCAGGUCAUCCGAUACGCGUUGUACCAGCAGCUAGUGCAAGGAUACGAUACUCUCGAUUGAAUUCUUACUCUGGACGCCCAACAACUGUAGCGAGCCUUGAUUUUGAGGUGACACCAUUCCUCAAUUGCGAUGUCGUUUUCGAAACGGCAGAACUUCAGAUGUCGGAUGGCACAAUAGAAACCCUUUCUGAAGCGCCCGGAUUGGUUCCGCCCAUAACGUGCCGUCCACGGGAUGAUAUCACCUUGAUAUAUAAAUUGACGCCAGAAUAUGGACCAGAUCCUAAUCCCUCAACAACCGUGAUGGUUAGCAUCUUAGACAUCCGUUUGGAGGCUGUUAUUAAACUAUCAGACAAUUGCAACCCGCGGAUUUUGAUGCAAUGGAGGACGAACGUGGAUUUUUCUAUAGCCCUCAACCCUACCUUUGGUGGACCCAGUCAGGCUUUGCAACGGAACAAUCGCCCGGCUAGCCUCCCUAUGACACCGAGUCAAUCCAACGUCGUGGGAGGGACGCCACCCAGCAGAAGCUCCUUCCGAGAAAGGGCCUAUUCUGUAGCGGAUAUGGGAGUGACAGUGUCAUUUUCUGGUCCUGCUAACGUGGUCGUCGGCAAACCAUUUUCUUGGAAUGUUUUCAUCGUCAAUCGGUCAACAACUCCUCGUAAAUUCGCAUUGAUUGCUAUUCCACGACGGAAGCGAGCCGAUCCCAGAAGUCACGUAGCCCGGCCAUCUUCUUCAUCACUCACCAGUCGGCAGGAGGACCAAGUUGCCGAAGCAGUGACCGAUGAUAAUAUCGUUCAUGCUAUGCAGAAGAGUGUGGCAGGGCAAGAGGCCGAACUGGUCUGUUUGAGCACGGAUCUUCGAGUCGGUCCACUUCUACCCGGGACUUGUUUUGCGACCGAAUUAAAACUACUUCCAUUGACAGUGGGGGCACUCCAUCUCGAAGCCGUGCGUCUUGUGGAGGUGAACACGAAUGAGACGACCGACAUCAAAGAUCUACCGGAUAUUCUAUCCUUCGACAGGAGAAGAAUACCACCUCAGAACACGAAUUAGAGUACAGUACAAUACAGUACAUACAGUACAUAGUGUUAUAUGCUAUCUCUAUGGAAUACAGUAAUGCCUGUAAAUUAGACUUGCGUGUGAUUUUGAUCAGCGGCGACUAAUUGUGAAGCGAAGAACGUACUCUGUGCUCCAAUUGUCCUAUUAAUAAAAGGAAAGUGCUUUACUUGGACAGGGUAGUAAAU